AUUGGCCAAAUCUCCCCUUGCUCCUCCCUCAUCUAGAGGAGGGGUAACUCGGGCCAAAUGAGGGCCGUGAUUGGUUAGCGCUGAAGGCUAGGGAGGGUAGGCUUCAGUCACGUGAUGUGCGCUAGUUCUUGUCACGUGGCUGCUACCCAGGCUGCCCUGCUCCUGUCGCUCCUUUGGAUGCCUACCCUGCUGCCCGUGGCCUCUCGCCUUCUGUUGCUACCCCGAGCCCUGCUGUCCAUGGCCUCUGAAAUCCCCCCGUCCCAGCCCCCGCCGGCCUCAGGCUCUGGCUAUGUUCCAGGAUCGGUCUCUGCGGCGUUUGUCACCUGCCCCAACGAGAAAGUCGCCAAGGAAAUCGCCAGGGCUGUGGUGGAGAAGCGCCUGGCAGCCUGCGUGAACCUCAUCCCUCAGAUCACAUCCAUCUAUGAGUGGAAAGGAAAGAUCGAGGAGGACAGUGAGGUGCUGAUGAUGAUUAAAACUCAAAGUUCCUUGGUCCCGGCUUUGACAGACUUUGUCCGUUCUGUGCACCCUUACGAAGUGGCAGAGGUGAUUGCGCUGCCUGUGGAGCAGGGGAACUCCCCGUACCUGCAGUGGGUGCGGCAGGUCACAGAACGGGGCCCCGACUCGAGCACAGCCCUACCGUGACCUGCCUGCCCGGUCGCCGCCUACGCUGCAGGGCCCUCGCUCCCCGGGAUGGCUGAGCCCGCAAUAAAUCCAGUCUGGUUCUCUCUGC